UGAGCGUUGAUAUAAAUUCUGAAACAGGUGCGAGUGUAAAUGCUCCUCUAUUGACUGCGAACACCUUCACAGGACCAGUAACAAUUUAUGGCUCAAAUGCUGAAGGAAACGAUAAACAGAAAUCCUCAGAGAUGCCAGAGGAACACAGAGAAAAACAAGAGCUGCAAAGCUUUUUUGAAACUCAUGAAAAAAAAAUGAAGAAGAAAACAGAAUUUAUGUUUGAGGGCAACGAAGACAAGGAAGCACAACUCAAGGCUGUUUACACAGAACUGUUCAUCACAGAGGGAGAUAUGAAAGAUGUCAAUCACGAACAUGAGAUUCUGAAGAUCGAUGAUGCCUUCAAGAGCAAAAAAACACAGAACAAACCAAUCAAAUGUAAUGAUAUAUUUACUGAACUGAGAAAAAACAAUGAGAAAAAGAUUGUUCUGACUAAAGGAGUUGCUGGCAUUGGAAAAACUGUCUCUGUGCACAAGUUCAUCCUGGACUGGGCUGAAGGAAAGGCCAAUCAAGAUAUACACUGUGUGUUCCUGCUUUCAUUCAGAGAGAUUAACUUAAUGAAAAAUGAAGAUUUCAGUCUCCACAAGCUUCUGCUGGAAUUUUAUCCUGAACUGAAGGACCUGGGGGGAAAAAGGCUAUAUACGGAAUGUAAGAUAGCAUUUAUAUUUGAUGGACUUGAUGAGAGUCGCCUGUCUCUAAAUUUUAAAAGUAGAUCACUGAACACUGUUGAGGAAAGUGCAUCUGUAGAUGUGAUUUUUACAAGUCUGGUCAAAGGAACUUUGCUUCCAUUAGCUCUUGUCUGGGUGACAUCACGACCAGCAGCAGCCAAUCAGAUCCCUCCUCAGUAUGUGGGGUUGUUCACAGAGGUGCGAGGAUUCACUGACCAACAGAAGGAGGAGUACUUCAGAAAGAGAUUCACAGAUGAGAGUCUGUCCUCCAGAAUCAUCUCACACAUUAAGACGUCUCGUACUCUCUACAUCAUGUGCCACAUUCCUGUGUUCUGCUGGAUCACAGCCACAGUACUUCAGGAUAUUCUCACUGAGAAGAAUGAAGAGAACAUCAGCACAACACUCACUGAAAUGUACAUUCACUUCCUGCUGAUACAGAUGAACAUGAAGAGCCAGAAAUAUGAUGGACAAGCAGAACGAGAACGUAUAAAGCUCUUACAUUCAAAUAAAGAAAUGAUUUUAAAACUAGCCAAGCUAGCAUUUGAACAGCUGAAGCAGGAACACAUUGUGUUCUAUGAGAAAAAUCUGAAAGAAUGUGACAUUGAUGUGAGUAAAGACACAGAGUUUACAGGAAUGAUCGCUGAGAUCUUUAAGAAGGAAGAUGGACUUCAUGAGACAAAGGUCUUCUACUUUGUGCAUCUGAGUGUUCAAGAGUUUCUUGCUGCCGUGCAUGUGUUCUUCUGCUACCUGAACAAGGACAUGCAGGAGCUUCAGUUUUUCUUUGAGUCAGAAGAAAACAUCACAUUGUAUAACCUACUGCAAAAGGCUAUUGAUAAAGUCAUGAAGAGUCAGAGAGGACAUCUGGAUCUGUUCCUCCGCUUUCUGAUGGGAAUAUCACUGAAAUCCAGUCAAAACCUGCUCAGAGGCCUGUUUGAAGAAAACACAGAAAGCUCCGGAGACACUGAAGACACCACAGAGAACAUCAGACAAACAACAGAAUACAUUAAACGCAUACAAAACAAGAAAAUUUCAGAUGAAGCUCUAGUGAACCUAUUCUACUGCUUACUUGAGCUCAAAGAUAAUUCAUUAUAUGAGGAGAUCCAGAGUUAUCUCAGUUCAGAAGGACAUCCAGAAAAAGAUCUCUCAUCUUCAAUGUGCACAGUGCUGACCUACAUACUGCUGACGUCAGAGAAGGUGCUGGAUGAGUUCAACCCAAAGAGGUUCACAUCAAAACAAGCAGACUACAAGAGACUCCUUCCAGCUGUGAGAUGCUGCAGAAAGGCUCUAUUUGAUGGCUGUGGUCUUGAUGAAAUAUGCUGUGAAACUCUGUCUUCUGCUCUACAAUCAUCAAACUCUCAUCUGACAGAACUGGACCUGAGUAGAAAUCACCUGCAGGAUUCGGGAGUAAAGCUGCUUUCUGAUGGACUGAAGAGUUCACACUGUCGACUUACCAUACUGAGCAGACUAAUCAGGGACACCCAGAUUUCCCUCUCCCCAGAAACUUACUUCAGCUCUUCUGGGGGAACACUGAGACACUCCCAGGCCAGCCGAGAGACAUCUCCAGCAUGUCCAAGGUCUUCCCCGGGGCCUCCUCCUGGUGGAACAUGCCUGGAACACCUCCAUUGGGAGGCGUCCGGGAGGCGUCUGGAACAAAUGCCCGAGCUCCUCCUGAGUGACAGAGCUCCUCACCCUAUCUCUGAGGGAGCUCCCAGCCACCCUAUGGAGAAAACUGAUUUCAGCCGCUUGUAUCCAGGAUCUUAUCCUUUCGGUCAUGACCCAGACCUUAUCACCAGGGUGAAACCGCUUCACACUUGGCUGCAAACCGCCCCAGUGCCUGCAGUAGGUCCUGGUCAGGUGGUAGCCAACAGGACAACAUCAUUCGCCAAAAGCAGAGACGAUAUCCUGUGGCCACCAAACCAGACCCCCUCCAGUCCCUGGCUGCGCCUAGAAAUCCUGUCCAUAAAAAUAAUGAACAAGACUGAGAUUCCUAAGACUCUCACUCAAAUGUACACACACUUCCUGAUCCUUCAGACCAACAUCAAUCAUGAGAAAGACUAUGAGAAGAACUUGACAGAUGAAGACUUGAUCCUCAAACUGGGGAAACUGGCUUUCCAGCAGCUUGUGAAAGGAAACCUGAUCUUUUAUGAUGAAGACCUGAGAGAGUGUGGCAUUGAUGAAACAGAAGCAUCAGUUUAUUCAGGACUGUGCACUCAGAUCUUCAGAGAGGAGCUGGGCUUCUUUCAGGGGAAAGUCUUCAGCUUUGUUCAUCUGAGUCUUCAGGAACAUCUAGCAGCUCUAUAUGCGCACCUCUCCUUAACAAUAAAGAAGAUAAAUGUGUUUGACCAAAUCCAACAAAAAUCUUUCUUUUCUGUCUUCUUUAAUGAAAUUGGACCUUUAUCUGAGCUGCAUCAGAGAGCUGUGAACGAGGCUCUACAGAGUAAGAAUGGACACCUGGAUCUUUUCCUGCGGUUUCUUCUGGGUCUCUCAGUGGAGUCCAAUCAGACUCUAAGAAAACUACUGACACAGACAAGAAGCUGCUCCUACAACAAAGAGGAAACAGUUCAGUUCAUCAAACAGAAGAUCAGGGAGAAUCAGAGAAAUUCAGAGAAAUCCAUCAAUCUGUUCCACUUCUUCUUCUCCCCACAUCCUGGUUCAGGGUGA